AGCCUGACGCAGUGUGAGAGGCAGAAACUGAGAGGAGAGAGACGGAAAGCGAGGGAGACAGAGGCGAGCAGGCAGCGCAUCGCAGCGCAUCGCAUCAGGCAACGCUUUGCGUCCCCACCAAGAACCGUGACGCGGGUGGAUCGCCGCGCUGGCCGCCGCUGCUGGUGCCGUGACCGCCGAGCGCCUUCCCGGUCACUGCUCCGCACCACAGUCCGCAGAGGAGACGGCGGCGGGUUGGGAUCAAAUCAGUGACAGACACUGAUCGCCACGCACACACCAACGCAGCCCGCGCUGCCCGAGGCACGGAGCGGAGCGCCUCCGCCGAGGACCCGCGCCAGGCGUCUCCCGCGGCGGCAUCUGGAGCAGACUUGUUAGAUUCUGUGCAGUGGGAAUCGGACGGCGUCAGAUGAACAAGUUCUCACACUAAGCACAGAGCAGCGAGCGAUGAGUGGAAGCAGGAAAGUAAAGAGGUGCUCGUCCAAUCAGAGAUGCAGAUUUCCACAGAAGACAUGAGCGCCAGCCAAUCUGGCACCAGCACCACUUCCACUCAGCAGCUAAUACAAAACAAAUCAGAUGAGCACCAGUAACGAAGCCACCGACACCAUUUACCUAGACGACGUACUGCCAAAGAAGCGAUACAUCCCGUUGCUGCACUUGUUCCUGAUGAAAUAAAACCUGAAGCACUAACACGAGGUCGGCAGAAUUUCAGUUUAAGGGAGGAACAGGGACGCGUCACCAUGCUGUGACUACAGCAAAGGCCGAGCAGACACAAACCUGAUGAAAGAGGCAGCAGCCACCCACCGCUCAACCAACCACCAUCAAGCAAAUAAGUCCGAUCUUCCUUCCAAAUGACGCCGUCCUGCAUGAAUAAAUGUUAGAUGGCAAGCGUCUCUGGACAUCUUUCUCCAGUGGAUAUUGCAACGACAUCCCAAAUGGCCCAGAGGACAGGACAGGGACGGCAGAGACAUAAUGUGACUGGAGGUUCCUCGUCCGUGGUCCUGUCCACCGCCAGCUCCUUCAUCCGUUGGCUCGCCCUGCUGUCGGUGAUGCGGUUGCCCGUGGUAACAGCUGACUGCUGGCUCAUCGAAGGGGAGAAGGGAUUCGUGUGGCUGGCUAUCUGCAGCAUGAACCAGCCUCCGUACGAAGCCAUCCCCGCCCACAUUAACAGCACUAUCGUGGAUCUGAGGCUCAACGAGAACAAGAUACGCUCGGUCCAUUACUCCUCGCUCAGUCGCUUCGGCAACCUCACAUAUCUGAACCUGACCAAGAACGACAUCAGCUACGUGGAAGACGGGGCGUUCUCCGCCCAGUUCAACCUGCAGGUUCUCCAGAUGGGCUUUAACAAGUUGAGGAACCUGACAGAGGGGAUGCUGCGGGGCCUGGGCAAGCUGCAGUACCUCUACCUGCAAGCCAACCUCAUCGAAACCGUGGCCCCCAACACUUUCUGGGAGUGUCCCAACAUAGAGAACAUAGACCUCUCCAUGAACAGGAUCCAGGUGCUGGAUGGAAACCUGUUCUCCGGACUCUCCAAGCUGACCACCUGCGAGCUUUACACCAACCCGUUCAACUGCUCCUGCGAGCUGCUGGGCUUCCUGCGCUGGCUCUCGGCCUUCCCCAACAGGACCAGCGAACGGAUGGCGUGCGACUCCCCGGAGGGCUUCUCGGGCUUCAACCUGCUGAGCCAGAACCCCCGCACGCCCACCCAGCGCACCGCCCUGCACGUGCUCGGCAUCGUGUGCACGGACGACGGCAGCAGCACGCCGCCCUUCUUCGGCCCCGGGACGUCCGACUGCACCACCGUGCCCCCGGACCCGGCCUCCCCCUGCGGCCUGGAGGACUGCGCCUCGGGGACCACCCCCGAGGAGGACGUCAGCUGGAGCACCAUUUUCUUUGAGACCAAACCGAUUAUGACGCUGAAGCAGGUGCUGCAUUCGAGCGCCGUGGUCACAGUGCAAAUCCCGCACCCUUACAAGAAGAUGUACAUCCUGGUACUUUACAACAACAGCUUCUUCACAGAUAUCCAGACUCUGAAAAACCUAAGAGAAGACAUCGAGCUGAAGAACCUAAAACCCAACACCGACUACACGUACUGUGUGGCUUCUAUACGAAACUCCCUGCGCUUCAACCACACCUGCCUGACCAUCUCCACCAUCCGACGGGACAUGCCCGAGAGGAUAGCCAAUCAGUCGUCCGCCACCCACUACAUUAUGACCAUCCUAGGCUGCCUAUUCGGCAUGCUGCUGUUCCUCGGCCUCGUCGUCCACUGCUUGAGGAGGAAGAGGAUCAUGGAGGAGAAGGAGAGGAAAAUGAGCAGGAUCCAGAGGACUCUGAUUGAGCUCAAGUACGGUGGCGAAGGGGAUCUAGAGGGAGGCAGCGGGGGAUCGGUUUCCCAGAAGCUGGCCGCUGGGGACAGCCUGUCCAGGAUGCCCUACCUGCCCCAGGGCGGCGAGAUAGAUCCAUACAAGCUGCAGGAGGUGAUAGAGACGCCGGCACACAAGCCGGCGAAACUUAACUACAUGGAGGUCAGAGGCUCCGGAAUCGAAAGGGAGAGAGAGCGAGAGCGAGAGAGGGAGAGGGAGAUGUCACCACAGGCAAAUCCCCAGGGCUCCGUGGCGGAGAUCUCCACCAUCGCCAAGGAAGUUGACAAAGUUAACCAGAUCAUCAACAACUGCAUAGACGCUCUCAAGUCGGAGUCCACCUCCUUCCAACAGGGGAUCAAAUCCCCGUCCUCUGCGGGCGGAGGGGCUGUUUCGACGGCGGAGCCCCAGUUGGUGCUCCUCUCCGAGCAAGGGGAGAGGGGAGAAAGAGGGGGAGAGUUCCUCUCCCCGGUGUACAAAGGUGGGAGAGGAGGGCGAGAGGAGAGGGGGAAAAGCUACCACCACUCCCUGCAGCGGCACCACAGCAUGGAGGCGCCUCCCACCUCCAAGAGGCCCAGCACCUCCUCCUCGCCCGGCUCCGCCCGCAGCCCACACUCUUUCCGCUCGGAGGGAGGCUACCACUCCUCGGAGACCCGCUACAUCGAGAGGACCUCACCCGGAGAGCGGGGGGACAGGGGAGGCGGGGGAGGAGAGGCCAUCCGCACCGUCACCCCAGCGGCGGCUAUUUUGCGAGCAGAAGCCCAGCGGAUUCGCCAGUACAACGAGCACCGCCACUCGUACCCGGUCCCAGCAGCACCUCCAGGAGCUGCAGCACCACCCCCAGAUCCUGCAAGAGCUCCACCACCACCCGGGGGCCGCAAGCCCUCCGUGCUAGACCCCAUCACCCUCAGCCGGCAGGCCAAGCAGCGGGAGCUGGCCUACUCCCAGCUGUCGCCGCACUACCCGCUGUCGCCCCAGUACCACAACCUGAGCUACUGCUCCAGCCCCGAGGAGGACGAGGAGGACGAGGGGCUCCUCUGCACCCCCACGCUGGGGCUGUGGGAGCGGUUCAAGCUGCACCGCAAGCGCCACCGGCAGGCGUCCAUGGAGGACGAAGGCUACGUGGCAGCGGGGCACGCGCUGAGGCGGAAGGUCCAGUUCGCCAAGGACGAGGACCUUCACGACAUACUGGACUACUGGAAGGGUGUGUCGGCGCAGCAGAAGGCCUGAGGCCCACGGGCAGCGCCGGGCACUGAGAUGGAGGAAUAACAGCAGAGAUACAUAUACAGACCUGUAAAUACACACAAGUCAUUAGAUUUACACACGUACAUGGACACACACACAUCGCACUCUACACAAACUGAGCCUUUGUCUGAGAAGAAGGACCAAACUAAUAUAGCGUACCGAACAACAGGAAUCCUAACUUAUAGAGACGGACCUUUUUUAACAUCAUGAAACGAUAGCUCAGACUUAUGUAGCUAUUUCUACUAAGUUUUGAAUGAAAAAAGAAUCAAUAUUAAGAAAAGAAAGCAUAAAUGUUGCCAGGCAACCCAUCCUGAAAGCCCAGCGGCGCCUUCUAAUCUGCCCGGCGACUGUCGCUCAUCAGUCCCGAUCGUCCGGUCAGUAGGAGUGGGCUUCGCCCGCGACCCCCGCGCGGGGGGCGCUCUGUACAAAGGCUCGGCGCGAUUCGGGAGAUUCAAAGUCAUCGAAAUGACAAUUUGGGAUGGGUCGCCAGGCAACGGUACGAUUCAACUGUGCUGAGAAUGAGUAGGUAGCUCUCACCAGAGCGUGAGCUUAAUGUGCCAAAUCAACCAAGGGGAUAGUAGAGCCCUACUGUGUACCAACUCCUCCUCGCCACUGUUUUUAUAUACAGAGUUUAAAAAACGUAGAAUGGUACGUUGUUAUUACUAUGAAUUAUUAUUAUUAUUAUUAUUAUUAUUAUUAUUACCAUUACUGCUCUUCUUACUCCUAUGAUCCUCACCAUUAGUGGUUUGAUUUGAAUAUGGCAUGGCUCUGUGGUGUGACUGUGUUUUGAACCUCUCCGCUGGGACGUGCACACCCACAUUUGACGGACAGGACGUUCUCCAGGAGACGUUCUCCCUGCUCCUCGUCUGCGAGGACGCGGCCGAGGAGUUCGAUUUGCACCAGAGGUGACUGUUCUGUUUGUACAACAUGGGUUUUGAAACCGCCCAGACUUUUCAGAAGCCACAAUCCCACGUUCGUUACCCACCUGCUCACUUUACAACGGUACAUUUUUGAUUUUGAAAAUCGAACUAGAAUCCUAAUCUACAAAUGAAUGUCUUCGAUUCCCACAGGGGAACAUAUCUGCACUGUUCAAAAUCGAAAAACAACUCUUAGGAAAAAGACCGGAAACUCUCAGCUUCCUCCCCGAUGCGCCGUAGCUCCACUGUGUUUUAUCAGCAGUUCAUUUACUCCCCCUCGGCUCCACCUCCCCACUUUUUACCCCCGUUUGGGUUUUUUUGGAUUCCUCUGGUUCCACUGUGGUGCCGUUGUGCCAACUUGAUAACUCAGAAAGAAGUAUUUGAACUGAUUUUAAAUACGAUUCCUCACCGACCUCUUCUUCUUCACAUCGACACACGUUAGUUUGACAAAAGGAACGAUUUGCACAAAAUGAUCCACCACCAUUGGCUCACUGCUCCCUCCUUUUCCUCCAAUCAUGUCUAAGACCAAAGUACUGUGGUAGUAAAUUGACCCCUGACCAGGCCGUGAGCAUUCAGCCGCCGUCAUCCUUAGAGUUACUAGCACACACACACACACACACACACACACACACACACACACACACACACACACACACACACACACACACACACACACAAACACACACACACACACACACACAUCCAAGUGUUCUCACAGCCACACAGAGAUGAAUGUAUUCUUUGAGAAAUUAAUACUGUUUAGCAGCUGAUGUACAAUCUGUACUCAAACAGUGUCUUCAUCUGUCCGUCAAAAAACCUCCUUCAGGCGGCCGUGUGUUUUAGAAUUGGAGAUUUAGAAACGAGGACGAGUUCGAACCUGUUCGAAGUACUUUCUGGCAACUGAGGCCACAUUCUCAUGGACAACGUUCCUCCCACCGGUUUGUGUCACCAACGGAACCAGACGCCGAGCCACCGCAGGGUGUGAACAGGGCUUUAGGUUGAAAACCUUCCUUCUGGGUGUCAUGGCAACGCGUUGGUCACAUGUGCAGGAUGUGUGAGCGCCCAAGGCCGAACCAUGUGACGUGAGAGCGAAAUACUUCUGUUUAUUCUACACAAAUCUGUGCUAACAACUCGUGGAGAAGACGGCAAACCAGGAAGGGAGUCAAGAACAUUUGAAUUCAUUGGAAUCUGAGUUUAACAAGCUUUUAGUAUUCACGCUGAGAAACAAUUUGCAAUUAUUGAUGCUUCUACUGACUGAAAAGCAGCCUCCGGGCGUGUUGAAUUGAAACAGAACCGACUCCAACCUUGACUGAAACUACACAACACGAACAGCGUGAGGAUGAAGUUUAGCCGCGAACGGAAACACUGUAUAAAAUGUUUAUUUCUCUGCUAUAGUGAGUUCAGAAUGCUCAAGUCAUCACGCCCGGUUAAAGCCAUAACCGUGGGCCGGUGAGGUCGCGUCCAACUCUGAUCCCCACGGAAACGGAUGAGCUGUGGCCGCCUGCGUUACAAGUCCCAGAUUGUGGCUUUAACUAAACAACAGCCUUAAAAUACUCAACUCAACAUCUUUUUAACAUUGCUUUGAAAAUGGAUAAACUCUUGUUUCUUAACUUAUACUUUCAUGACUGCAAUUUUAUAAUUGCUUGAUUCUUAAGCCUCACUUGAGCAUUCUUUGAGUAAAUACUAUCAAUGUAGCGAUGUAUUAAAGUACUGUUUUUGUUUUUGUUCCUCUCUGAUCUGUUAUGAACAAUAAUGGCCUGGCUUCGUCGCGUCACACACAGCAGCAGCUCGCUCCAAAUCACAGGAACAGAUCUGAGCCGCUGCUCUUUGAGACGCCGUCGAGGCAAACUGUGUUUUAAUGUAAAGAGUUGAAAUAAAUGGAGGUGGGUCUGACAGCAGACAGAAACGACAGGGGAACGUGUGCGAGGAACCUUCAGCGGAAGCUGGUGAUAUACUGUAUUCUUCUAGUGACUGACUCAGGAGCGAGAGAGCAAGAGGCCGAGUGAGAGAGAGAGAGAGGGGGGGGGGGGGGGUUGCUCUGCCGUGGGAUCUCUCAGAGGCUUUCUUUAUUUUCUUGUCAAAAACAUUUAAAUGAGCACAAUAAACUAGCCUUUCUUUCACCGCCUCCGUUUCCUGGAGAAUCAACACUCAGGUCUUUGACGUCCAUCACCUGGUACAGCACCGGCGCUUUGGUUUACCUCAUUCCAACAACACAAACACAACUUGCCGUCAUGCCAUUCUGUGGCAUGUUUUUGACUUUCUAAGACGUUUUGAUUGUGAUGAAGCUGAAGGUAAAGAAGGAGGCGGCAGCUGGUGGUCACCAUCCAGUCCUGGUAUUAGUGGGUUUCAUGCUUAGGCUUAAGCUCCUACUGGUGACGUCUAUUAACACGUGUUGUCGAACAAAGCAGAGACUAAAUGUAAAAAUGUUUAGGUGUGACGUUAAUGUAGCUACAAAGAGUGUGUGAAAUCAAAGCAGUUGAGCAGCGGAAGACGUCCAUUCAUCUCUGCUGAACAUCUAGGAAAACUGGAGCUGUCAUGAAUGACGAGCUCCAACAGCAGCUACACAGGACGUUGGGUGUGAAUCUACGGGAGCUGCGUGGAUCGAGUUCAGUAUCUACUACUGACACUUAUACUGUGAAGCCAGUUUGCAUCUUUAUAAUAUGACACAAUAAAGACAACUCUAAUAAUCCA